CCCUGAGGCGGCGGGAUCUCCUCCGAGCGGCGGCGGACCCGGAAGCCCGGAGACCGGAGAGCAGCUCAGCAUGUGAAGGCGGCAGCAGGAGAGCGUCGUCGACCGAUGGGUGUGGGAUUCCAAUGUGGCGUUUCAGGCUGUGGGACGGUCGGGACGUGGCGGUGUUUGUCAGCAUCGCAGCGUGUCUGGUCCAGCUCGCUGGAUCCAUCUCCGUGCUCGCCCCUCAGCGGAGCUUCACCCGGUCGGUGCAGGAGGACGUCUUCUUCUCUGUGGACGCCACCUGUCCGGGGACCCCCACCAUCCGGUGGACGUUCAUGUCGGGGGCGGUGAGCCGCCUCAUCGGCACGUGGCGGCCGGGCGCGAGCGCCAACAUCACGGACGACUACGGCGGCAGAGUGCGGGCCUACGACAACGGCUCCAUGGGCCUGUCGGACCUGCGGCUGCAGGACGCCGGCUUCUACGUGGUCACCGUGUCGGAGGCGGCGGGGAGCAGCAAGGAUGUCGGCUUUGUCCUGAAAGUCAACGAGGUGCUGUACGAGGACCUGCAGUACCUGUCCGUCUCGGCCGUGGCCCUGGCCGGUCUGGCUGGACUCCUCAUGCUGGCCAUGUGGCUGCUGGACAAGCUGCACAGGAAGAUCGCAGCAUGGAGACGCAGGAAACAGAUGCCAGAAAACGACGCUACAGAACUGCAGCCUCUUUGACGUCCGUCUUCUCACUGGAACACUGGGAUCCUGAAGCUGCUGCGACGCCCGGGCUGGAGGACAGACCUGAACGCACAUCAUGUCCUCUCUAACCUCACACGGAGCUCACGCUUCCCGCGCUGUGGUGGACUUUCACACCCCGGCACCUGCACGUCUGAGCUUCAGACGUGGACAGGGUGGGAGGGGAUCGAACCAGGAACAUGGAAAUGGAGGACGGCAAACCCUUCCAGCUGCACACAAAAGAUUAAGUUUUAAAGCUGAAAUCCUGCACCGUGUUUGUUUUAUACUGUAAAUACGUCACAGCUGAGAACAUUACAAACUAUUUAUUGUUAAAGCUGAAACCCUGACGCUUCCGUUUGGCCUCAGCUGCAGGAACCAAAUGGAUCAAGACAUCCGGUGAAGGAGAAGCUGAGACCUGGAACGCUGUUUGAACACACAAGAUUCAGUUCCUGAAAUCUGAAGUUUUAAGAACAGAAAGAAAUUCUCAGAGAAACAGCAGAGACAUUCUCAGAUGUCUUUUUAUUUUGUAGAAAACUGUUGGAUGUAAAACGAAUUAAAAAGAAGUCAGAUUGAACAGCAGAGCUCAGGAAGCAAGUUCAGUUCCUGGUGAGUGAAGCUCUGGGGACAGGAAGUGAAGCUCUGGGGACAGGAAGUGAAGCUUUGAGAACAGGAAGUGAAGCUCUGGGGACAGGAAGUGAAGCUCUGGGGACAGGAAGUGAAGCUUUGAGAACAGGAAGUGAAGCUCUGGGGACAGGAAGUGAAGCUUUGAGAACAGGAAGUGACGCUCUAA